AUGGAUAAUGGUAGCAACACGUUGGACUUUUGUAAUCUCAAAGUAGUAUCCGCCUUGGGACGCGGUGCCAAGGGCUUGGUUUUCUUGGCGAAAAUAAAUGAAGGGCAAAACGAGAAGCAAUGGCUGGCGUUGAAGGUGGUCUCAAAAGCUUUUGUUCGGAUGAGAAAUAGCAGCCAUUGCAAGAGGGUCUCGUUCGAACAACAAAUAUUGCGUCGUUUUAAUCACCCUCUCUUGCCACAGUUGCGAGGGGUCUUGGAAACCGAGGAGCUGCUAGGGUUUGCCAUUGACUAUUGCCACGGCGGAAACUUACAUUCUCUAAGAAGGAAACAAUCUGAGAAGACGUUUCCUGUUGAUGCCAUAAGGUUUUAUGCUGUGGAAUUGGUCCUCGUAUUGGACUACUUGCAUAGUCUUGGAGUAGUGUACCGAGAUUUGAAGCCAGAGAACAUACUGAUUCAAGAAACAGGUCACAUAAUGCUCGUGGAUUUUGAUCUCUCCAAGAAGUUGAACCCAAAGUCACCGCAAUUGUUGAGUGGCAUCUCAUCACCAAGUUCUGACUCAGCAUUGCUGGUUGACCGAAGAAAGCGAUUGUUACCAGGUUGCUACUGUUGUCACUCGGGUAUCAUGCCUCUUGACUCAGACAGUCAACUCGGCACUAACUCACCAGCACGGAGCGAGUCCGACUCAGUGGAGAAAUCCAACUCAUUUGUCGGAACAGAGGAUUACGUGGCACCAGAGAUUAUAACUGGUGAAGGACACAACUUCGGUGUUGAUUGGUGGUCCCUCGGUGUUGUUUUGUACGAGAUGCUGUAUGGAAUGACACCAUUUAAGGGCGUAAACAGAAAAGAGACAUUUCAACGGAUCUUGAUGAAACAACCGGAUCUAUCAGGUGAAAACACACCGUUGAGGGACCUGAUCAAGAAGUUGCUUGAAAAGCAUCCAGACCGUAGGAUUGAGGUACAUGAAAUCAAGUGCCAUGAUUUCUUUAAGGGUGUGAACUGGAACUCAGUUUUGCAAAUUGCUCGUCCACCAUAUAUUCCUCAGAAUGACGUUGAGGACAAAGCAGGGUUUUCAAGAAAAGAUGUAGAGUCGUUUGUUCGUAAAAUAUUUUUCAAGAAUGACAAUAAGGAAGAGAAGACCAAGGAGAAUAAGGUUUAUAACAAAAAUCAAAAUACGGUGUGGGUCGACAAAUUGACUGACAAUCCCACUCAAAACGAAGACUUCUUAAUGUUUUGA